AUGUCAGCCCCUCGGGAUAGUUCUCAGAAAUCCCAAUUUUCACAAUUUCCGAUAGAUAACUACACACAAAGAGGGCCUAUGCUGGCGGGCUUCAAAGUUCUUGUUCACGACCCUCGAGAGCACCCGAUGAUAGAGGAGACCAUAUUUGCUUUACAGCCGGGAACGCAUACAUUCUGCUCAGUCAGGAUGAAGAAGGUGAGAAAACUCAUGAGAACAAAAGACAGCAAGUACGUCAACCUGAGGGCACCAUAUCGCACCGAAUGCGGAGAGAACAUUACUGACUUCAACCGAUACUUCAAUGUGAACUAUACCAUGGCAAUCUGUAGCAAGCAGUGUCUCCAUGACUACGGGAUAAAAAAAUGCGGCUGCCAGCCAAUCUUUGAAAUCACAAAGGAUGUGCCACUCUGCUCUUUAAACGACACAUUUGAGUGCAUCUACCCAACAUAUAAUGGGCCCUAUCCACGGGAGGCGGCAGAAUGCUUCAAAAAGUCAUGCCCUGUACCGUGUUACUACACCAAGUACGAGACCAAGCUUUCUUACGCGUCGGCUAUAAGUAACGCCAUCGCAAGAGACAUUCCAACAUACCUACUACCAAAUGGAAGCGAGUUUGACGACAUAGAAAAGAUGACAGAGGGGGAACGAAAAACGUUUUUAAGUCACAGGGAAAAUGUUGCCUCACUUGACGUCUACUUCGAGGAGCUCAGUUAUGACUUGAUUGAGCAGAAACCCUCGUUUGACAGAUGGUCGCUUAUAGCGAUGAUCGGAGGCUACCUCGGUCUGUUCCUGGGUAUGAGUUUGCUAACAGUCCUGGAGUUCUUUGAUUUUCUUGUGAUGAAGCUUCUCAACAGGAUUUCUUCCAAUAAGAAGGGUGUCAACACCGUUACAGUAGAACCGCAAGAAUCACAGAAUGCGUUUGCUUUUAAACAAGGACCUACGGUAUAAAAGGCGCGCGCGUCUGUCACGCAGGAAUAAGUCACCCAUGUAGUGAAGACAUAUUUAGCACCUAGGAAUUAUAAAAUGAUCAGCUGUCUGCAUAUUGAAGUCCACGGAACAACUGAAAGCAUUUUGUUUAGUUAACCUAUCGCGUUUGACAGGGAAAUAUAAAACGCUCGCAUGGAAAUUGCUUAGCCAAGCAGUUCAUAUUUUUAGCAGAUUGACCUUUUGCUCGGGAAACUUAUAGGCGCACCGCGUCCCUUUUUAAGUGGUACUGGAGAACAGAGUUUUGAGCAUUUGUUUUAGUCCUGUAUCCGUUAAAUACAUAAGGAAAGUUAAGUCUGUGUUCACACAAGGUUUACCCUAAGUAAGCUUUAGACCUAGUCGUCGGUGAAAUGUGUUUUUAGUACAUUUUAAGAGUUUGAGUGCAAAAAUGAUUAUAAUGCUGUCAAUCAUAUUAAUCACGUGUGUAGCUUGCCAUGCGCACUAGCACAGCUAGCAAGACAGGGCUGAAAAACGCAAGACUAGUUCCAGUACCGCGCGUGUAAACCAGCCUUUUUGUUUUGAAAUGGCGGCGUUUU